AUGUUGCUCCAUGUUUGGUUCCUAUACCUAACUGUUAUGGUGUCGGCGUUUGAUUUUUUCUCCCCGAAACGUUACAGAAAAGGUGAAAAGGUGGAGCUAUUGCUAAACAAGAUUGAGAGUGAUCAUACACAACUACCGUUCAGAUACAACGAUCUCCCAUUUGUGUGUUAUGACAGAUCCAAGAAGGCCAAAAGCAUGCUGUUGGGUGAGAUUCUCCGAGGUGACCGUUUCUGGGAAUCCCUUUAUGAGCUUGAAUUCAAAGUCGACAAACCCUGUCUGCAUCUCUGUCAGAUGAGAACCACCCAGAACGGUGCUGCAAGAGCAGACUACCUCAUUAGAAAUGGAUAUGUUGUUCAUUGGAACCUAGAUGGCUUGCCUGGUGCCACAACAUUCACCGGUGCAAACCAUGUAUCCAGAUACUAUGCUGCAGGUUUUCCCUUGGGUUUUGUCAAGGGAGACAAGUCUUACUUGUACAACCAUGUGACUCUCGUCAUCAGAUACCACACUGAAAAGGAUGGAAUGUCGUCGAUUGUUGGCUUCGAAGUUUAUCCAAAGAGCGUUAUCAAUGAAGUGUGUCCUGGUACAUCCAAAAACUAUAAGAACUUCCCCAUUGAAUUGCCUCGUGAUAAGAAUAAGAAGCUCAUAGAGCAGCAUACCCUCAUUCCGUACACAUAUUCUGUCUAUUGGCGAGAGGAUAAUUCGGUUUCUUAUCAGAACAGAUGGGACUUGUACUAUGACAACGAUAGCUCCAUUACCAGUAAUCAUAUCCACUGGCUCUCUCUUGUGAAUUCGUUGGUCCUCUUUUGCCUCGUGUCUUUAGUCGUUGCGAUCACCAUGUUCAGACUUUUGAAGACUGACCUUCAAUCUGGAACUUCAAUUCCUUUGACCAGGUCUGAAAUUGACGGCACUAACGGCAACUCGGGCCUGUGGAAGAAUUUGGUGAACGUAGUUAUGAACAAGCCCCCACGGACAUUGCUCUUAUGUACAUUGGUGUCCAGCGGAAUUCAAUGUCUUGUGGCGCUGGUUGGUGUCGUUGUUAUUCUAGUGCUCAAUUCCAAACUCAACUUUGGUUCUGGUUCUUCGUCAAGUGCCUUCUUUAAUCUGCACCAAGGCGCUUUUUUCAGCUGCUCGAUCGUCUUAUUGUUGGCAUCAGGAUUCGUUUCUGCCUAUCUAGGUGUCAUCUUGUUCAAGAUCAUGAGCAAUGAGCCUCCAAGAACAAAGUAUGACACUCGUCGUACGUUUAUUCUCUCAUCUCUCUUCGCAGGAACAUUGCCUUUUACCUUGUUGUCGGUAGUUUUGACCCUAAACUUGUUCGUAUGGGCCAAAGAAUCGUCGAAUGCCUUGCCCUUCGGAACCAUUGUGGUUCUCAUUUUGUUGUUUGGCAUUAUUGAACUUCCACUAGGAAUUCUCGGUGGUCUUCUUGGAAACAAGUUUGAAUUCCCUCUUAAGUCGUUCAUGGUCACUUCCUAUGUCCCAGAAAGUAAGUCAGUUGGCAAAAUUGCAUCGCGCCGUUCAUUUGUCAUGAACCCAAUCAUAAGUACGUUGGCUUUUGGUUUAAUUCCUUUUGGUAUCGCCUACGUGGAUCUCUUGUUUAUUUUCAACUCGAUCUGGUUAGAAAAGACAACCUUUUACUACAUGUAUGGGUUCUUGCUCCUGACUGUUAUGUUACUUCUGGUUGUUGUUGCUGAAUCGGCAAUAGUAGUUACAUACCUCUCGUUGGCAGUGUACAACAACCCCAACUGGCAAUGGUUAUGCUUCCGGGUUGGAUUCAGCAUUGCGUGGUACGUUUACGCGUACACCAUCUACUAUUUUGUGAGCUAUUUGCACAUGACAGACUUUGUCAGUGUGUUGAUUUAUUUCAGCUACAUGGCACUUUUUUCAGUUGCGUUAGGAGUUGCUUGUGGAGCCAUUUCUGUGGUGACGUCGGCAGUGUUCAUCCGAAGCAUCUACGGCAUGGUGAAAUCCGACUAA